AUUGAUCUUUAAACUAUGAUAACAACAGAAAUAUACUCUUUCUCAAUUUUAAAUUAGACGAACAUCUAUUUAUGGCCGGCGCAAAGGAAAAGAAAAAGCAAUCGCGCCUUGCUUUUACGCCGAUUGAAGAUUUGCCGCCAUCACCUCGCGCAACCGAAUCAUCUAAAUCAGCAUUCACGCCGUCUAGAUUGCGCUAUUCGAACCCGUUUACUGGGAAGGCUACUGUGAAGGGGCAAUUACAACUAGAGGAUUAUGUGAGGGAUUUGCGUAGUCCUGCAGCUGGUGAUAAACAGGGCGCGUUGAGGGACAACGGGCAAGGUUCGUCUGAUGUUGAUGUGAAGCCGAGAGAUACUGCUAGUAACUCAGAACGAAUCCAAAAUUAUACAGCCUCGAUUGCUCUCGAUGACGGUUCAUCUGAUGACGAAGUCAUUCGGCCUUCUAAACGAAGGCGCAUUACGGGCGACAACGCCAAUGAUAACGAGCCCAACCAAGGCUCUCGACAAUCUUCACUCUCACCUGCUGAAGAACUCAGAUUACGAGAGGACGACGAUACAUACGCAGAUUCAAAAAUGGGACGUCGACCGACCAAGAAGACUCAGCAGAGACGGAGUCAGAGGCUCAUCGCAAGCUCACCUAUGGAAAUAAAAUCACACAGAAACGCUCUCAAAAUCGAUUUAUCUAACUUAGGAGAGCCAGAAGAGAGUGAUGCAGGCGAGCUAGCAUCACCCGGAACUCAUCGCAAGGGAAGAGGCUUAUGCCGAAAGCGAAAAAGCCCAUCGGUCGUUGAACUCGAGGACCCAGACGAUGCCAUUACUAGUCCUACACCAAAGAGACAGAAGACGAAUAAUCAAGUAAACCAAAAGGCGGGAGAUGAAGAAGAAGCUUCAGACGAGGACGUCGUCGCCUUCACACCCUCCCGCCGCAGCUCUAUGAAAUCGUCACAGAAAUCUGGCGAUAAAGAUGAUGGACAGAAAACUCCUAAAACCCCGAAGAGAAAUUCCGAGCAAGAUGAACAAGAUCUAGAAGAGGAUUUGGAAGACCUCAGAGAUACAGUCGUGCGAGAAAGACGGACUCGUGGCUCAGCUGUAAACUCGGCAAGAAGUAAUCUUCAGAAACAUCUCGAAACGCUACGACGUCGUCGUGCAGGUGAGAAAAUUGAAGAAGAUACCUCCGAGCAGGAACUGGAAGAAGAAGAGCAGGAAGAGAGUGGACCCCAACAGCAACGUUACGAUACUGCUCGUCUAGAUUGGGGAUUAUACUUUGGAGUUCCAGACAUAGUAGAUAGCGACGAUGGGUCUAUCAUUGAACCAAACGACGAUCUCGAUGCAGAUGAUUCUUCAUUCGUCGAAGAUGACGGCGAACUCGGCGUCCCCGUCAACGUCCCCUUUGAAUUCAGCCGUCAUCGCACAAAAUCUACGCGAGACUGUUUCCGCGAUGUAAUUGAAUGGAUGGUGCAUAGCAAACUCAACCCAGCAUUUCAUCGUGACGAUGAUGUAUAUCAAUUCGCAUUCAAAAAGGUCAGUGACGAAGUCGUUGGGAGAGCCGGGUCGCAGUUGAUGUCUUCUGUGUGGAAUGUGAAUUUUGUGAACACUUUGCGUGCUCGACCUCAUCUUGAAGUUACGGGACAUCCGACGGAUGUUGGUCGUUCGUGUGAUGCAUGCAAUCGCUCUGGGCAUCCGGCUUCGUCGGAUUUGAAGUUCAGCGGCAAGCCCUAUUCUGAAGAAACACUUGAGCCGUUGUAUGAGAGUGAUAGCGAAAGUAACACCGACGAUGACAGCGAUACCAGUGAUGAGAAUAGCAAUAAACCAGACCGCGAUCGUGAAGGACGCAUCCUACCCUCUGAGGAGAAACAUUUCUAUCUCGGCCGAACAUGCAAAUCCAACGCCGUCCUAACCCACACCCUAAUCCACUGGCGUUUCCACCUCUACGAAUGGGUGAUAGACUAUUUGAACGUCAAAGAAGAACUCCUCUCAAAUCCUCAAAAAAGCCUUGAUCGCGAAAAGCUAUCUGCCAAAAAGCGGACGAAAUACGCCAACAAGGUUGUCGACAGGAUGGAUGAGGAAGGGGAGGUGCAGCGUCUUUGGACGGAUUUUCAUCAGACUCUUAGGACCGUGAGGGAGAUAAAGGUUUGUUUUUUGUUUCAUUUAUGUAGGAUGAGUUGCUAAUAUGUGGUUUUUGGUAGGAUGUUCGUUACCAUUGAUCUCGGAUUGGCUCAAGAAUCACUGUGCUGGUGCAUGAUUUCGGGUUUCGUGAUACAUUGUUUUUCUUUGCUACUGCAUAUACCUUAAUUCACCUUGACUUGGUGUCAUUAUGAUAGGCACGAAUAACGAACAAAUUUAUAUCGUG